UAGCACCAUGAUACAAGAGGUACUUGUACUGAGUGGUAACAAUUCCAUUGUUCAUCAUGUCACAGGAUAUGUAACAGAGAGUGAGUUUUUUCAGGAUUGAUUGCCUUUUAGUGGUUUGUUUUGUUUUGUUUGAUUUCUCUACUUCCCAACUCGGAAGUGACCAAAAAAGAUCUUUUGCAAUAUGAAAAAUGAUAGGAAUAUGAUCAUGUAAGGUCAAAGAAAGGAAGGCUUUAGAGGAAGUGUUCAGUUGCACCGGGCCAGAGGAGCAGGGCUGGAAGAGCUCGGCUAGGCAGAGGGUACACUGUGUCCGCGGAAGUCCCAGAGGUGGCCUCGGUGGAGGAGCAGAAGGGAAUGGAAGAUAAAGUGACUAGUCCAGAGAAAGCUGAAGAAGCCAAAUUAAAAGCAAGGUAUCCUCACCUGGGACAAAAGCCUGGAGGUUCCGAUUUUUUAAGGAAACAAUUGCAGAAAGGGCAAAAAUAUUUUGAUUCUGGGGAUUACAACAUGGCAAAAGCAAAGAUGAAGAACAAGCAACUUCCUACUACAUCCCCGGAUAAGACAGACGUCACUGGUGACCAUAUUCCCACUCCGCAGGACCUUCCUCAAUGGAAACCAUCCCUUGUUGCUAGCAAGCUGGCUGGCUGAUUAAAAGAGCUGACCUGCAUUAAUUUUCUAAUUCCCAUUAUUUCUCCUCAUAUGUUACUUAUCUACUUUUUAUUGCUUUCAUUCACUAAGUCAUUUAAAGGAGACUGACGGCUUUGCAGGUAGUGAUAGUAUGUGCUGCUAUUGUAAAGGAAUAUACAUGUGUAGAGGUUUUGAUUAGUUUUAACAUGCACUGAUGAAAAGGACAUUUUAGAGUAACAUAAGUAAUCUACUUGAAAAUAUUUGUAUAUAUUACCUAAAUCCUAAUAUAGGUUCCAACAAGUAAUAAGCAAAUUUACAAUUUUAAUGUUUUGCCUUCCUCGCUUAUCUUAAUUAUAGCUGUGUAUGUUACUCUUAUUUAAUGUAACCUCUGUAUUGAUUUCUUCUGGAAUUUUCUUCUGGAUUUUGUCAAACAGAAGUUUAAGAUUACAAAUUUGAAGAAAGAUCACAAAUUCAAAUGAAAAUAGGAGGGGCUUUGAAAGAUUUGUAUAACUGUGCUUGAACUUGAAUGGCCUUAAGCCUAUUUCAGCUUUAACAAUGGAAUUUUCUUGGGCAAUAUUUGCCCAUUGCUGAGAGCCAUUGCCAAGUAGGAAUGACGAAUUGAAAUUUCCUUGCCGGUGUACCCCAUGUUGCUUAGAGGAAGGACUCCUGGAAAUGGUCAUUUGAAGUGACAUUGCAUG